CACCCAAGUCAUCAUGGCGUUACCUCUGCAGCCAGGAUUAACGCCCAUGGAGGUCGCCUUUCUUUGUGAAAUGGAAAUGGUAACGGUCAUACCACGGCAACGGUUAGAAAGCCUCAAUCUCCUGGGGGGGCCGACUCCCGCCCUUCGCCCGCCUCAUCGUGCUCCCAUACCACUUUGGCUCGCACUCCUCCUCAAACGACAGCGUCGUGCAAAUAUUCUGCCCCCACCAUGGCUUCUUCCCUCGUCACUUGAUUCUAUACUGAAAUACGAGACCGAUAUCUCGCCACAGACUUUCUCGCCUCCGCCUCCACAUCCAUACCCAAUAUCCGCACAGCCUGCUGCAACAGACUAUACCUCUCCACCAUUCCUCCCUUCAUCAACCGCAGACUCUCCUCCAGACUACCUGCCGUACCACUGGCUCGAGCUUGGCGAAAUUCUCCUCGAGGCAUGUCCAGAUGAUAUACCAGACCCAGACCGGGUCCGUACAUUACUUCGAGACCUCCGCGAAGUGCGGAUGGCCAAGAUGCGGGCCAGUAUCAAAGACCUAGAGGGUGGAGGAGUGAGUAGCCUGCGUGGUGUUGGUGCCAUGGAGGUCGCAGAGGGUAGACAGUUCAUAGUUGGUGUUAUGGAUGAGUUGAGAAAGUUGGGAUUGAGUAGGGAGAUUGCGAGAAGAGAGAGGGAAGAAGAUGAAGGUGGUGGUGCUGGCGGGGAAGAUGAGGAUGAGGAUAUGGGAUUUGAAUGAUUGAUGAUUGCAUGUAUGCAUGAAAUGAUGGCAGCUUUGGCGUUGGGAGGUGCAUCGGGAAGAUUAUACCAUGGCAUUAUGAGAGUUUGCACAUAUGGAUCAAAGUGCAGAAGUGUAUGUUCGAUUUUCAGAUUUACC